CGCACCAGAAUCGAAUCAUUUAUUUGAUCAAACAUCAAUUAAACUAUUUAACAGCACACCAUGAAGCUAUUCUCACGAAAAGAAAAACAGCCCGAAACGGCCCCCAAACCAUCCAUCCAAAACCUUCUCUACACAACAACCACCACCACCUACCAAAUCUACCACGAAGGCGUAAAAGAGCACAUCCUCAUCUCCCCCGUCCACGUACCACGUCGGAAAUCGCGAUCCGUCAUCCACCAGAUCGCCUCCCCUCACUCCGCCAAAGACACCUACUUCAUCCACGUCCCGUUUCUGGCCUUCCACAACCCCGCACGAACCCUCCGUCGCGGGGGGUCGAAGAGCUGCGAGCCAAUCUGUCUCAUUAAUGAUGACUGGUUCUGGAAGAGGUGGAAUAUUCAGUUUGGGGAUGAUAUUGGGAAGGCGCUGGAUCGGAGGGGCGUGGUGAGGUGGGAGAAUCGGAGUAAUCGGGAUAAUUCGCUCGAUGAUGAUUGUGCGCUGAAGGGAUAUAAAGUUCGUUCGUGGCGAGCUUGGUAUGAAUCGGGGAAGUAUUAUCAUCGGGAUGUGAAUGAGAAGCGGAAGAGGAGGAAUUUGAACAAAAGCGAGGUUGAGAAGAGGAAGGAGGAUGAGGAGGAACAUAUCCCGAUGCGGGCAGAGCAGGCUGUGAAUCUGAGCUGGGAGUCGCCUUUUUCGGUGAAUACGCGCUGCUAUCAGUUCCGGUUUGGAAAUAUCGAUUUUGCAUGGAAGGGCACGAGUGAUGUGCCUGCUGACAAGAAAUUGCGGGACUUGCUGCCGUUGACGCAUUUGAAGCUUGUUGCCAUGGUCCCAGUUGUACCUGCAUAUGAUGCCAAACCGUCAGAAGUUGAGGGCCAUCAAGAAACAAGAGAGGUUCUCUUGGCCCAGUAUACAAGCAGCUUCGGCUCACAGCAAUACGGAAGUUUGAUCACGUUUGACUCAGAAAUCUCGAAGCUCCUGCAUGAAUUCGGGCUGGACCGUACGGCGCACACCAAGCAAGAUCCCUGGGCUUGUCAAAGUGGUGAUCUCCAUCUCACCAGAUUUUACGACGUCAUUAUAGCCACAGGGAUGUGCAUGAUCAUGGGCGAGUGGGAGAAGAGGCAGACUGUUUUUGCGGUCAUCUUGCUUGCUCUUGCGGCCUGUCAAAUGUCGAGUAAUGGCUGAUGAUAUUGCAGCGGAUUGAUGUUUUGUAUGAUAUAGAUGGAUACAUGAUAUAUAUGAUAAUAUUUUGGCGAAGGGCAUGCUAUGAAUUUCUCUCUUCCAGUGAGGUUGUGACCUCAAACUUGAAGUCCACGGUGUUGACUUUCUUACCGAGGACUAUGCCAACUACCUGGCGCCCAGUAUAUUCAAGGGGACAUCAGAUAGUGAUGAUGCGUCUUGGUCGACUAGUCU